CCCGGGGCACUGGCUGUAUAACCCUCUCCCCGCUGCUCUCCCCCUCGCGUCCCUCUCUGUCCUCCCCCUUGUGCUGCAGUUGCUGUGGCGGUGCCUGCGGUGAUUUAGGAAGGAAUGCUCCCCCUCCCCUUCCAGCCCUCCAGCUCCUUCCCUCAGCGCGUCACUGUGAUGUGCUCCUCUCCCCCAAAACUCCUCUCACACUCAUCUCCUCCAUUCCCUCCUCUUGCUGCUGCCUCAGUCUCUCUCUAGCUGUGCCCUGUCCCUGUGCCACCUUCCCCUUCUUCUCUCCCCGCUCAGCUCUAUGAUGUGACUCUUCCUUCCAUCCUCCCCCAUCUCUGAGUCUGGUCCUCCCCCUCCUUCCCUGUGUCAGUUGUGCAGUGCAGAGCAAUGAAUCCCUUACUGACUCCCAACAUGCUCCUGCUCUCCUCAGAUCCCCCCCUACAGACAGGGGAGAGCCCCUCAUCUCCCCCCCAGGGCUCCCUGCUGCUGGGGGGUUCCUAUGCUCCAACCGGAGGGGCCAGCGCUUUACACAAUGAUUUUGGCUCCAACAUCAACGUCCUGAAGACCCUGAACCUCCGAUUCCGUUGCUUCUUGGCCAAGGUGCAUGAGCUGGAACGAAGAAACCGUUCCCUUGAGAGGGCGCUGGAGCGAGCGCAAGGGGCAGGACCUAUAACCAGGGACCAGGCUGUACAGACUGGAUUUGUGGGACCCAUCUUGCCUCCACCAUUAUUGGGGCUCACUCGUCCCUGCCCUGCGCCUCCCCCCCAGCCAUGGGUAUAUGGAGCUCACAGGCUGGGGACCCGGUGUGAAGUUGCCUCGGGGAGCGGAGCAUACUGGGGACACUCAGAUGGAGUUGGGGUUCAGAUUGACACAAUCACCCCAGAAAUCCGAGCUCUUUACAAUGUGCUGGGCAAGGUGAAGCGAGAGCGAGAUGCAUACAAGCAGAGGUGGGAGGAGGAAUACACAGCCCGUGUUCAGCUGCAGCAGAGGGUGACGGAACUAGAUGAGGAAGCCCAAGAAUCUGCUUUAUAUCAGGAAGAACUGGCCAUGAAAGUGAAGCAGCUGAAGGCUGAGCUGGUCGUCUUCAAAGGUUUAAUGAGCAAUAACCUGACCGACCUGGACACCAAAAUCCAGGAGAAGGCCAUGCGGGUGGAUAUGGAUAUUUGCCGCAGAAUUGACAUCACAGCAAAGCUGUGUGAUGUGGCUCAACAAAGAAGCUGUGAGGACAUGAUAAAUAUGCUACAGACUGUUCAUCUCUCUCCUAUGAAGGUUUUGGGGAGAAGGAAAGAGAGGAAACCGGCUACUGAUGAUGAGACUUCAGUCUGUGAGAGCGAGAGUGCAAGAGGGGGAGAUGAGGAUGAAAGUACAGCCAUGAGUAUAAAUGAGGAAAUGCAACGAAUGCUCAAUCAGCUGCGGGAGUGUGAUUUUGAGGACGACUGUGACAGUCUUGCGUGGGAGGAGACCGAGGAAACCCUCUUAUUGUGGGAGGAUUUUUCUGGAUACGCCAUGUCUGCAGUGGAGACUCAGGGGGAGACACAGGAGGACAGUCUGGAAGAGGUGAUAAAAGACACGGAAUCGGUGUUCAAGAAUCGAGAAAAGGAAUAUCAGGAAACAAUCGACCAGAUAGAGUUGGAACUGACCACAGCCAAGAAUGACAUGAACCGCCAUCUCCAUGAAUAUAUGGAGAUGUGCAGCAUGAAGAGGGGGCUAGACGUACAGAUGGAGACGUGCAGACGCCUGAUCAACCAAUCGGACGAGAGGUCACCGCCACCCAGUAGUGACUCAGCCUGUAAUGAGGAUCCGGAGGACUCUGAUCGGGACCCCCCGUCCUCUGACAGUUCAGCCAGAUGAUGGGGGGACAGGACACUUCCCCCCUCCCAUCACUCCAUAUCCUGCACUGCCAUUGGAACUGUCACUCUGGGAGCCUGGUGCAGGCAGUUGUGAUUGCCAGAUAUAUAUUAGCGUUCAUGACAGUUGGGAGUUGAAUGCUGCAAGUUGCUUGAUAUAUAUAUAUAUAUAUAAAUUGAUAUAUAGGGUGGGGGGUGCUGAAUAAGUAUAUAUGUGCUGCCAUGCUGUUAAACGCUGUGUGUGAGAGAGUGCAAUGCAUUUAGGUUAUUAGGCUCAGGCACAAACUUAUUAUGGGGGAGUGUGAAGCUCUUUAAUUGCUAUAUUGGGGUGCAGUAAUAAAGAUGGUGGGGAAAUGGGGUUGGAAUUCUCUGACAGGUCUGUGCAGCAUUGUUCACUAACAGAAAAAAAGAGGGGUAAUGGAUAGUGGAUACAAAUCUGUAUAAAAAAGAUAUUUUCCAUUGCAGUAUUCUCAGCCAAUGGGUAUACACUGAUGCACUUUUACUAGGGUUAACCCCUCGGCCCCUUUAAAACUGGAAACAUAUAAAAAACCCAGUGCUGCAUGGCUUCAUUGCCAUUGGCAAUAUCCCAUGCGGUGCGUAGACUUAAUAUGUAUCCACUCUUAAAGAGGCAAGAAGCCAACCCUAGCUCUUGUAUACCGAGAUAAAGAUAUUUUCUGCAUAUUUUGUGUGUGGGGGGGGGAGUGGAUCAAAAAUUAGUUUUGAGGUUUUUCAUCUCGUAUUUUACAUUUGAGCAAAGGGCUGUGAGGUUGUUCUGGUCCAUUACAGAAAUCCUUCAGCCCCGCACAUAGACAUAAUGUACAUUUUAUCUUGCCUUUUGCAAGGCGGGUAAUAAGUAUGUGUAAAUAAAUAAAAGAUCCAAGCUUUGGCAUGUGAAAAUAAAGUGUAUAUACCCGCCGGGGGAACUGUGUGCAAAUGUAUAGAUCUAGAGCAGAGGAAGAGGCAUUCUGGGAUGCUUGCUUCCAUGCACUUAGGGAAUAUGGCUGCAGAGGGUGUAAUAUCAUGAUAUAAUAUUAUUGAGACGAUUGCCUGUAAACCUGUUACAAUAAUCCUGUAGAGAACUCAAAGACGGGUCUACACUGACUCUUGGUAGGGUUCAAUGGCUGAAGAACCUUGAACUUGUUACUUGGGUGCUCGUAUUGGUACAGAGGAACCAUCAUAUAUAAUGAGACCACACGACUACACAUUUCCCUUACGUCCCAUACGGCAGCGCAAUGAGAUUUAUUCUCCUUCCCUGUCAUGUAGGACAAGUGAAGACAAACAAGGGUUCAUAUAAACCAUGCCUAUAAAUAGCAGCUACCAAUUACAGCCAUCUGUGUUUUAUUGUCCUACCUGUUGUAGGCAAGUGAGUUUCUGUGAUGUAGAAUUGUUUAAUUCUGUUUUAUUUGUUUUUAAGUUAAACAUUGCCAGGUCCCUAGGGAACUUGAAGACCAGAGGGUGACUGUCCAAUGGACAGGUCAUCCUGAUGACAAGAGA